UAAGGUAUGAGGGUAUGAGGUACACGCUCCAGUGGUACCGUUAUCAGCGGAAAACGUGUUUUGAGUUCGUUUUCUUUCCGUCACACGUUUGCUAGCGCGUUGCCCGGUAGUUUUAAAAUGUCUGCCAUUCGACGUUAAGCAGACGCUAAAUUACUGUUUGCGUUAGCGUCGCUCCGAGCGACACACGUUGACAAGCGGCUUCGUGAAAACCACGCUUGUUAUAUUGACAGUGACAAGGCAACAUGAAAGUUGACUGUGCGCCAAAGAUUUUGUUCUGUGUCGUCUGUUUACUGUACAUGCUAGCGCUCGUCGACUGCACCAGCACUGAAAACGAGCUGCCUGCUGUGCUCGUAGCAAUUCUUGCACGCAACAAAGCCCACGUAUUACCGUACUUUUUUGGUUACUUGGAGCAACAGCAGUAUCCUAAGUCAAGAAUUAGCGUGUGGAUACAUACGGACCAUAACGUCGAUAAAACAGCGGAAAUAAUCGAAGUAUGGCGAAGUAUCUCAUUAAAGACAUAUCAUCAGAUUAACGUAACAUCUGAAGGAGGAGGUUACUACUUCGACGAAAACGGGAAGCAGCAUUGGACAGCAGAGCGCUACAAGCAUGUGAUUCGUCUUCGAGAAGAGGCUUUAAACUUGGCACGGUCGAUGUCAGCAGACUAUUUGUUGUUUCUGGACUGUGAUGCUCUGCUUGUGAAUCCUGUGACAUUGACUGAACUUAUAAAGGAGAAUAAAACCAUCGUAGCACCCAUGUUGGACUCACGUAGUGCCUACUCCAACUUUUGGUGCGGAAUGAAUGAAAAGGGCUACUACAUACGGACUGACGAUUACAUGCCGAUCCUGGAGCGUGAGCAAAAUGGAAUCUUCCCAGUGCCAAUGGUACACUCUGCAGUCCUCAUAAACAUGAACCACGCCAGCUCUAAGGAACUGACUUACGUACCGGACAAGAUGCCGGAUUACACCGGUCCGGAAGAUGACAUCAUUGCUUUUGCACAUUCUGCAAAAUAUGCAGGCAUUGAGAUGUUUGUAACAAACAAAGAACUCUUUGGCUACAUCCUUGCUUCUACAGAAUCUCCGGAUGAUGAAAUUCAGGAGUUAUUGAACCUGAAGCUUGAAGUGACUGUGAACGAUCAGAGGUUAUAUGCAUCACCCCAUCUGGAAUCAUUUCUAGGGCUUCCUCAAAAAGACAAAAUGGGCUUCGACCAGGUGUACAUGAUCAACCUAGAAAGACGUCCUGAGCGCAGGGUCAGAAUGGAGUACUGCUUCGAUGAAUUGGGCAUCAGCUUCAAGGCAACAGCCGCGGUCGAUGGAAGGAACCUAAACGAGAGCUAUCUCGAGGAACAUGGUAUACGGAUGUUACCGGAGUAUCGGGAUCCUUAUCACGGCAGGCCCAUCACAGCUGGUGAGAUCGGCUGCUUCAUGAGCCAUUACAACAUUUGGAAGGACAUAAUUGAGAACCAGCAUCGCCUUGCUAUCGUUUUCGAAGACGACAUCCGCUUCGAGCCCUACUUCAGAACAAAGGUUGAAAACGUCAUGGCUGACGCCCGAACAUUUGACUGGGAUUUAAUAUACUUUGGACGCAAGCGUCUUUCGAAAGACGGCGAGCCGUACGUCCGCGGGAGCCAUCUACUUGUGCACGUGGACUAUUCCUAUUGGACACUAUGUUACGUGAUCACGUUGGACGGGGCUCGGAAGCUGGUGGACGCUGCGCCGCUGUCCAAGAUGGUACCCGUGGAUGAGUACCUGCCCAUCAUGUUCGACAAGCAUCCACGCUUGAAGCAACUGCACAGAUGCACAGAACUGUAACCGGACCUCAGCGGCGCACAGAUGGUAUUACUACGGCUCUGGAAAAUAUGGGAGACCACCUGGGGCAGUUUCUUCUCCAAACGUUGUUCGGAGGGAUUCCCAAAGCUCGAGGAAGGGUCUUGGACUAUUCUCGACUUCAUUUAUCGUAUGCAGGACGAGCCCAACUUAGAAUUCAUUAACUAGAGUUGGUAGUUAACACGUCCGUUUCGUGCUCAGGUCAAAGCAAUCUAGCAAGCUGGACUUUCGUAAUCUAUGCAACACCCUAGUGUGCGUUGAUUCAAUAACUGGAAACUGUGAGCCCAAAGUUGAAGCGGUUUCAGAAAGCACUCGUAUUUCGUUAAACAACUGGUUUCGUACACAGGGCUCACAUCUGUAGGUGCGGUUGAAAAUUCACUUGGCGAUGACGCAUGAUGUUGUCCGUGUCUACUCUAUCGUCUUGGUCGUCGUAUGUUCCAUCAUGUCAUACCAACUACACCGCUUCAGCGAUGACGUAAUAUGACGUGUGAUCGAAAGGCCCAACCAAGCAUCAGGGAUAACGCAAUCGUUUGAUGCUACGUACCGGGCAAAACAAGACCAUUUCAAAGGGGUAAACCCUCCACCGUUUCGACAAUAGAAACUUUGAAAUCAUGAAGGUCAUCGGCGUUUGGGAACCCGAGAAGAGACGCACUGUUUUGGAAUUUGGAUAACCAUGUUUAUGUACUCCGAAACCAAGGCAUCUCCCCAUACCGUGCAGGAUCAACUUUCUGGCUCUAAUCAAGUGUCGCUGCAUAAACUUUAGCUUCGUCUAUAGAUCUUCUUGCAAAUUGCCAUGCAAGACAAAGACGCC